AUGGAUGGAAGUAGUAAAGGCAACACGAAAAAUGAGGAGAGUAACGACAAUGAGAAAAAUAACAAGGAGGAGAAUAAAAUAAAUGUGGGGGGGUUUCAAUUCUUUGCUAAUACGUGCGAAGAGAAGUUAAAACAUUUUUUGGAAAAUUAUUUCAGCGCAAAAAGCAGAGCGGAUUUAACCUUCAAAGCGGAAAAUCAAGUGGUGGGAAUACCCACGGGGGGGAGUGCUCAGAUCAGUGGGGGAGCAGAUGGAAAGGAGGGACACACAAACUGCAGUAGUAAUGACCAUGCUGGAAAUGACCAUGUGGCGAAUGACUCCUCCAACGAGAACGAAGACGAGCAAGAAAAUUACUUUGAAAAAAAACCCCCCAUCAAAAGCAAUUACGACAAAAUGGCCAUCAACCUGGUGGACGAAGUGCAGCAGUUCAUAAAGCCCUACGUCAAUGAGCGGCACAAAAUUGUCGUCCAAGGAAUUAUCGGGGAGAACAAGAAGCAGGGGAUUCACGUUGCCUCCAAGUCCCUCUGGAACGUCGAAACAGAUAACUACAUUUCGGCGAAGUACGUCAACGAUUUCAUUUUUGUCACCGUGAUGGUCUUCCUUUUGUACAACGAGUGA